UUUUCUAUCUGACUGCUGACUUUAAUUUCGUUAUCUUCUUUAAAUUAAAGAUUUUUUCUUUCUUUUUUAGCAGGGUUUUUUUUAGAAGAGAUAGGAUCAUUUUCUUUGGGGGUAUUUCUUUUUGACUUUUACUUGUUCAAGGAAUUAUGCAGCUAGAAUGGUUGGUGAUGCCAUGAUUUUUUUUUUCAGUCUUUUAAUUCUUUGUUGAAAGUCAAUCCCUUUUGUUUUUUCUUGAAUUAUUGGCCCUCUAUUUUCAAUUUUAGAUCCUUGAAGGUUUUGAGCAGCUGUUGCGUUUGACCUCUGGCUUUGAGGUUCUAUUUGGGGUAUUUUUCCAAAAAAAAAAGAAAAGAAAAGAAAAACCCUUAGAAAUCUCAUUUAAUUAUGAAUGUUGAAAAGAAAUUUCUGAGUCUUUCCAAAUAUGGAUUUAAAAACUAAUGAAGAAGGUGGGGAGGUGCCUAAAACUGAGAAAUCAUGUGAAUUGGAUAUGGGUUCCAAAUUGAAGAACCCUGAGUCCUAUAGCAGCAAGAACAUGAUUUUUCGGGCCGAUAAAGUCGACCUCAAAAGCUUAGAUGUGCAGCUCGAGAAGCAUCUAAGCCGGGUUUGGUCGAGAAACAUUGAGAGCCAGAACAACCAGGCGCCUAAGGAACUGUGGGAGAUUGAUCCCUCGAAGCUGGAAAUCCGGUAUCUGGUGGCUCAGGGCACGUAUGGAACAGUUUAUCGCGGCACUUACAAUUCCCAAGAUGUUGCUGUGAAGUUGCUGGACUGGGGAGAGGACGGCAUGUCCACAGCUGCUGAAACCGCUGCACUUAGGGUGUCGUUUAAGCAGGAGGUUUCCGUUUGGCACAAGCUCGACCAUCCAAACGUUACUAGAUUCGUUGGUGCUUCAAUGGGGACUUCGCAACUCAAAAUUCCUUCAAAAAAUCCUUCUGAUGGCUAUACCACCCUCCCAUCGAGGGCGUGUUGUGUUCUUGUGGAAUUCGUAUCCGGAGGGAAUUUGAAGAGCUACUUAUACAAGAAUAGGAAAAAGAAGCUUGCCUUCAAAGUUGUUGUCCAGCUUGUUUUGGAUCUAGCUCGAGGGCUGAGCUAUCUACACUCGAAGAAGAUCGUGCACCGUGAUGUCAAAGCUGAAAACAUGUUGUUGGAUACUCAACGAAGGUUGAAAAUCGCUGAUUUCGGCGUCGCUCGUGUAGAAGCUCAGAACCCGAAGGACAUGACCGGUGAAACGGGAACUCUUGGCUAUAUGGCGCCAGAGGUUCUGGACGGAAAACCCUACAACAGAAAAUGCGACGUGUACAGCUUUGGGAUAUGCUUAUGGGAGACAUAUUGCUGUGAUCUUCCUUACAUAGACCUCAGCUUUGCUGAUGUUUCUCAUGCUGUCGUUCGACAAAAUCUGAGGCCGGAGAUCCCCCGGUGUUGCCCGAGCUCUCUAGCAAACAUCAUGAAGAAGUGCUGGGAUGCGAAUGCGGAGAAACGGCCCGAGAUGGACGAGGUGGUGAGGUUGUUGGAAGCAAUCGACACGAGCAAAGGAGGCGGAAUGAUACCCGAAGAUCAGCCGGUGGGAUGCUUCUGCUUCGCGCCUAUGCGGGGCCCGUGAACGACUUACGUGCCCUUCGGCAUCGCCACACCUGAUUCAUCCAGUUGAGAUUUGAGAUGUGGAAUUUGUUUCGAGUUCUUCAUCAAGUGGUGAGGAGUUCAUCUUUUUUAUACUUUUGGGAAAUAAUUGCCAUUUGUUAUCAUUCCUUCAGCAGUGUAGCUGCAGAUGUUGGAACAAUAUUGUUACCUAUUAUCUUAUGAAGGAAUACUUUUUGGUUA